GACCCGACCGUAAAAAUCCCCAGAAAACAGCUUAAACCCUAAAGUGUCUGAUCUCGUCUUCUUCUUCAUUUCUUUGAUUCCCUUCCAAUGGCGUCUUCUUCAAAAGUAUGCAGAUUAUCAUCCAAGAUACAUUCUUUAACCCAGAAGCUUACCAAGACGAAUGUUCACGUUUCUUCCUUACCUUCUCCCAUUAAAACUUCAUCUCCAAUUUCAGCAUCUACCCGUUUCAGUCAAUCUUUUAGACUACCAGUGGAGCUAAGUAGCUGUUUAUCUAUGUUGCCACUACACAGUGCUAUAGCAUCUGCCAGAUUGAUAUCAAGUUUGUCUGUUGAAUCUAAGAACUGGGGUUUAGUUCCUCAAGGUAUUUCUAUGCCUUUAUGACAGUAUUUCAUCUUACAACAAGUUUGAGGGAGGAUAAAGACAUGAAAUGUAAACAAAACUCGGGUUGUAUCGUUCUUUUCAUCUCAUAUCGAAUUCGGAAGGUCCUGUAUUUAAAACAGGUCCUGACACUCUCUGUUUUAAAUUCUUUCAGUUUUGAGUUGUUUUCUGCUUCUUAUACAAAUUAAUGGGUUAUCAGCAAUUGAAUGGUCAGUGUGAUGUUUGAUCGUAAA